AUGGGCUGCUCUUCCAGCAUGAGUGUGAUGCACGACGAUGUGGAAGACACUCUCGUCACCCGCGUCAAUCACUUGCAGGACGCCACUGGACAGGAGUACGUGCAGCAGUCUGCGCCGUUCAAGGAGGGCCUUCGACGCUUCAACUCCAUGCGCAUCAGCGACAGAGAUGCUUCUGGAAUCAAC